AUGAAGGAGCUGUGCGCCGCUGACGACUGGCCGCACCGCGUCGAACUGCGCGCGCCCCUGGGAGACUUUGCCGACGCGGCGGCGGCGAGGGAGUGGUACGCGCAGCAGUUCGAGUCCAUCAACCCGAAGUACCUCUACCGCUACGACCCCGAACAGUUCUCCGGACCGCCGCGGUUCUACACCGGCGACGAGGACCUGGACCUCGUCCAGCUCUUCACGGAGAUCCGCGCGCGACGGAUGGCGGAUCAGACGUCGAUGGCGCUCCUGCAGGUCACGUCGUCGUUGGGCGGCGCCAAGCCGCGCGCUUCCGGAGUCGAGCGGCGGCUGCGCAGCGUGCAGGCGCGCGCGACGGGGUCGCCCCUGCCGCGCGCUGACCAGGCCGUCGUCGACGCGACCGUCGCGAACCGGGCCUCGGAAGCGGCCGCGACGUAUCGAGACCGCAGGGCAGUGAAGUGA